AUGAGGCCAUUCAUGAAGUCAUCCUCCCAUUUCAUUUUUUUCAUCAUUUGUUUCUCUUCUCUUUCCGUUGACCCCCGCGCUGAUAAUGUUGACCCCCAGUUGAUAAAUGUUCCUUUGCCUGCAUUCAAAAGCUCAUUGGAGAAGACCAAGGAACUUGUGCAAAAUGUGGCCUCUACCAUGUCACAUAUGCAUGCUGGUGAAGAUUAUGAAAAUUCUACUGUUGUGGUCAUUUCGUACUGUGAGGAUUUGCUUAAUGAAACUGCUGACGUCUUGGAUUGGUCCCUUUCUACAAUUGAUGAUCUUAAAGCUGAUGUCGUUUCCCAUAUGAGAACAUGGCUGAAUAUUUCGCAAUCCAAAGAAAAGAUAUGCGUGGACACUUUUCAAAACAUGAUCGACUCAAAUGUUGCAGAGAGCCUUAGACAAGUGACAAAAUCAAUCGAUGAGGUCCUUGGUAUGGUCCAAGUGCAGCAGCAGCAUCAUCUUCAUCGUCAUAAUUCUACUGCAGCUCCAGGCUCAGAUCCUGCGCUUUCCUGGACGGCAGACGUCACCGUUUCACAGGAUGGGAGUGGGAAAUUCAAGAGAAUAAUGGAUGCCAUUGCGGCUGCACCAAGCCAUAGCCAGAAGCAGUUUGUGAUAUUUGUGAAGAAAGGAGUUUACAAAGAAUAUGUGAAGAUUGAUAAAACAAAGACUAACUUGGUGUUGAUUGGAGAGGGCAUGAGUGUUACCACCAUAUCUGGAGAUAGAAGCAAUGCUAGUGGUUGGGCAACAAUGAAGUCAGCAACAUUUGAUGUAAGGGCCGAAGGAUUCCUUGCAAUGAACAUAGGGUUUGAGAACACCGCAGGACCAAGCAAAGGGCAGGCAGUUGCGCUUUCAUCCGGCAGCGACCGGUCGGUUUUCUACCGGUGCAAGAUAAGUGGAUACCAAGACACAUUGCUGGUGUUGUCGGGCCGACAGUUCUACCGAGAAUGCACAAUCAGCGGCACCGUUGACUUCAUCUUUGGUUAUGGCACAGCCGUUUUCCAACACUCCAGAAUUAUUCCCAGGAAAGCCAUCAAAGGCCAACAAAACACAAUCACCGCCAAUGGUAGACUUUCAGAAGACUCGUCAGGGUUCUCGUUCCAGUUCUGCAGAAUUGAAGCAGAGUCUGAUUUGGUGGGUAAUGUUAACUCUACGAAGACAUACUUGGGUCGACCUUGGGGCAAAUAUUCACGUACCGUGUUCAUCAAGUCUUUUAUGAGUAAUAUUAUAAGGCCAGAGGGUUGGCUGGAAUGGAGUGGGGAAAAUAAUCUUGAUACUUUGUAUUAUGCUGAGUACAAGAACUAUGGUCCGGGUGCCUCGGUUGCAGGCCGGGUCAAGUGGCCGGGUUAUCAUUUGAUUUCCGAGGCCGAUUCGUUUGCAGUGGACAAGUUUAUUGGUGGGAAGUCAUGGCUGCCAUCCACCGGUGUCCCAUUUAAAGCAGAUCUAUAG